AUGAAGCUGUUGUCAGCAGUCAUUUCUUCAGCUUUAGCUGCCAGAGAGCCAGAUGCCGAAAGGCGACUCGAGAAGAUCACAGCUCGAGCAACUGAGCUCAAUGCAUUCGUCCAGUCCUACGACAAAUCAUCCCAGAAGCAAAAAGACUCCGUUGACAAAUGGGUGACCCGACUCCUCGCCGACCUCAACAACAUCGACACGUCCAAAUGCCCCCUUCCAGCGGAAGAAGAUCGAUACAACGACGAAAUCGACACGAUCGAAGAUCUCUGCUCCGGCGCUGAACGAGUUCCCUCGAUGAUUCGAAGCUACGCUAGAAGAUUCGGCUGCGUGGAAGGAUUCCCAAAGCGAAAAUUCUUGGAGAAGGUGAUCAAGCGAUCCCAUAAGCUGAAAAAGGUCGCCCUCCGAGCUGGACGAUGCAACAAGCCCGCUCCGACCACCGAACCAACUCCAACCGAGGAGCCAUCAACUCUCGCCCCAGUGACUGGCGUCUGUGACGCGGACCAACACGCUGUCUGCAGCAGUCUCGGAAACUCGGAGAUUUUCUUCGAAAACGAAUGGACUUGCCGAAACUGCUUCCGAAUCAGAGCCUACUACGGAACUGGCGGUGGCUUCACGUUCAACCCAAGAAAGGAUUUCGUCAGCAUCAAGUUCACCGAGCCAGUCUACUUCCAGAAAUGGAACCAUCCAAUCCAUCCGGACGGACCAGUUGAAGUUGCAGGAAGCAACAAGCACCACUGGAAGAUGAACUUCAAGGAAGACGGCAACUUCCUUUCUGGAAUGAUGUUCGACGCUGAACUCAUCACUUCCGAUCUUGACCUCUGGGUUGAUGGCCAGUGGAUCAUCGACUCUGCCCAGUCCUGCAGAUGCAAAGACGGCCCUCCACCACCACCCGAAUGCGUUCCAGCUGAUCCAUGCAGCGGACGAGAAAACUGCGAAGCCUUCGUCGAUAGCUGCGGAAUCACUCCAUCCAGAAACAACAAUAUUGCCACAACUACUGGUUCGCCAGCUUUCAAGGUUUCCGCUGAAGUCAAAUGCGGAGAGAUUCCUGAUGAUUGGCAAAACAUCAUCCACAUCAACGCUGGCAGCAGAUGGGACGUCCUUGGCGACAGAUACUUUGCUCUUUUCGCUGGCCCUGAGACGAUGAAAUUCAGCGCUCCACUCAAAAACUCUGGAAACGUCCCCGGCGGCGGAAACUUCAUGGUCAACCACUACCCGAGCUGCACUCCUGGCGAGUGGAACAAAUACCAAGUCGAGCAGCGAUAUACCGACGCUGAAGACACUCUCGAGCUCACCAUGUCGAUCGAUGAUGAAGUCUUUGUCACUCGAAUUGUCGACGUAGCUGAUGCUUACAGCGGUGAUCUCUUUGUCGAUGUCUCCAACGACUAUCACGAUUCUGCGACUGGCUUUGAAGUCAGAAACUUCUACCACCAGACCUUCCCUGAAGCUGAACCUUGCGACCCAGUUGACCCAUGCGAGGGACGAGACAACUGCGAUACUCUUGUAGAUAGCUGCAGCAUCCGACCUCAGCACAGCACUCAAAUCGGAUCAGUCGAAGGAAACGCUGUCUACAGCGCUAGCGUUGAUGUUUUCUGCCGCCGAACUGAAGGUCACUCCUGGCAGAGCGUCGUCCACAUGACUCAAGGUGGAUACAGAGAGAACUUCGGAGACAGAUACUUCACUAUCUGGCAACGAGAUGAUGGAAAGCUCAAAAUCAACGCUCCUCUCAAGGGCAACACUCAAUUCGACGAGGUCGAAUACUUUGUCGACUGCGAAGAUAACUCCUGGACUAACAUCGCUGUCAAGCAAACUCAGAUCGAUUUUGGCCGACUCGAACUCACCGUCUUCCAAGAUGAAAACGCUCUCGGCUCCAACAUCAUCCACCACACUGAUGCCUUCGUCGGCCCAGUUGAGGUCUGGUCCGGAAACAGCUGGUUCGAACCUGCCAGUUUCUUCAAGAUCAAGAACUUUGUCCACUCAUCCCGACCCUAUGAACCUGAGCCAUGCGAUGCAACUGAUCCAUGCGAAGGUCUUGAAAGCUGCGAGACCUUCCAGGACAGCUGCGGAGUCGCUCCAUUCAGAGGAAACCGACUUGCCGAGUCUAACGGACAUCUCGGAUUCAAAAUCUCCGCUGAGGUUCAGUGCACUGACCGAGUUGCUCCUUCCUGGGAAAACGUUCUCCACGUUCACACUGGCACCAACCGAGAGAACUUCGGUGAUCGGUACUUCACAAUCUGGAAGGAAGCCAACAAACCCGACGGAAUCAGAAUCGUCGCUCCGGCCUUUGAAAACCCUCUUUACGAACUCAACGCUUACGUUUCCUGCUCUCCCGGCUGGCAUACGUUCACCGUCCAACAAUCUGAGUCCAGCAAGAACUACAUGCUCCUCGAAAUUUUGAUGGACGGAGUUGUUGUCGAAUCUCAGGAAGUCCGAAAAACUGAUACAUACCAGGGCCCACUCUUUGUCGAAGCAUCCAAUGAAUUUGCUUGGCCGGCUGCCUAUGAUCACGUCGUCCGAAACUUCUACCACCAGGACAUCACCUGCUACGAUCCAUGUGAGGGCAAAGAUAACUGCGAGACCUUCAUCGAUUCUUGUGCCAUCAACCCCGUUCGAAACAACCGCCUCACUAACAUCGUCGCUUCCGUCAACCACGUCACAUCUGUCGAUGUCCUCUGCACUUACGUCGAGUCCAGCAGCUACAUGAACUUUGUGCAGAUUACAAACGAGUCCAUGGACGGAAACCCAGGAAACCGAUUCUUCGUUGUCAACCGACGACCUGACUCUCAAGGAAUCACAGUCACCUUCAACAACCCCGAUGCGUCCAGAUACAUGUCCGGAACAACUCCCUUCGAAUGUGUCCCCGGCGAAUGGUACACCUUCCAACUCGAACAAAGACAAGACGAAGCCAACCCAGCUGUCACCAACAUGGUUGUCACCAUCAACGGCGACGUUGUCAAGGAAGUCUCCACUGCCACCAGCGGAGUUAUCAAUGGCGGCGAAUUCAAAGUCAUGGCUUCGAACAAGUGGAACAGCGCUGCUGAGGACUACUCAAUCCGAAAUUUCUACUACCAGACCUUUGAAGAAGUUCCUUAUUGCUUUGAUCCAUGCGACGGAGAAGAUGGCAACUGCCAGACUCUUGUCGACUCUUGCGAAAUCAAUCCAUCCCAAAACAACCAGCUCGAUUCAAUCACCGCUUCUGUGAAUUUCGACUUGUCUUUCGAUCUUCUCUGCUCAAACAACAUGGCGCACGGAGAAUGGACCAACAUCCUCUGGAUCGUACGAGCCAGGGAUAACCAACGAAUGAUGGGUCUCUUCAAGAACAGUGAUGAUCACCGACUCCGCCUGAAUACUGCUAACCCAGAAGUCACCGGCACCGCCAAUCCCUUUUUGUCUAAAGGAUGGAGUGAAUGUACCGAUGGAGAAUGGUCAACUAUUCGAUAUCACCAACAACAGAACGCUGCUAAUCCAGCUGUCACUGACGUCACUGUAACCAACAACGACGAAGUUGUUAUUUCAGCUAGCUUUGCCACUGGACUCGUGACCAAGGAUGAGGAACUCGAAGUCUUCGUCUCCAACCAUUUCAACCCAUCUGGUUCUGACUACGCUAUCCGAAACUUUGUCUACAAGACUUCUGAAGAAAAUCUCGGCUCUGAUCCAUGUGAUGGCAAAGCCAACUGCGUCACUUUGAUCAAUUCUUACGCCCAAACCCCGGCGAAGAACAACCAGAUCGGCUCAAUCACCGCUGCAAUCAACUUUGAAGUUGCUGCUAACGUCCUCUGCACCGACGAAAUGGAUGUUGAUGAGUGGUACAAUCUCAUCCACAUGACCAUAGGCGGCAAUAAUGGUGAACUCGGUGAUCGAUUUUUCAAGAUCUCGCAGAAGAGAGGUUCUCAUGAGCUGAUGAUCAACAUGGCCAGCCCCGAAGAGGAUAACGGAACUCGAGGUACUUUCCACAUUUGCACACCAGGUGAAUGGAACGAAUACAAGCUCGUCCAGGCGCAAAAUCCUGACUGGCCAUCGCACACCUACUCGACCGUUUAUGUCGACGGAGUUGAGAUCUUCCAGAUUCGAUCUGACACCCACGAAGUCCUUAAUGGAGAUAAUAUCGACGUCUUCUUCUCUGAUAACUGGCAUCAGUCCGCUGACGCUUAUCACGUCCAGAACUUCUACUACCAGACCUUUGCUGAUAUCGACUAUGGAAUCAUCCCGUUGAAAGACUGCCGAGAAGAAACUCUCUGCGAAAUCGUCGGUGAUGACUCUCAAGCCGCCAUCAAGGACUACCAUGUUGCCACUGUGACAGCUGCAGUCAACUUCGGAAUCUCCGUUGAUGUCCUUUGUGAGGCAAUGCCUGUUGGCAACUGGUACAAUCUCAUCCACAUGACUAUGGACGGUAACAAUGCUGUUCUUGGCGACCGAUUUUUCCUCGUCUCCCAGCACACUUCAACUGAAGAACUCCUCAUCGACGUUGCUGAUCCAAACCAGCCAAACGGAAGCUCCGGCCGACGCGCCGCAUGCCCAGCUGGCGAGUGGAUAACCAUCGAAGUCGAUCAGUCUCAGGACGCAUCUGACCCAAGUGUCACUACUUUCACAGUCAACGUCGAUGGCGUCGAGAUUUACUCUCGAUCGGCUGCUACAGAAGCUGUUCUUGCAAGCGGAGAAGUCCAGGUCUACGUUUCUGACCCAUGGCACCGAGCUGCUAGCUCCUACCAGAUCAAGAGAUUCGUCUACGAGCGAUUCGCUGAUGUCCCCCUCGGUCCCCAGAACUGCAACGACGUCGACAACUGCGUCAUCGUCGGUGCUGAUUCCGUCUCUCCCGUCCAGGGCAAUCUUGCCGCCACAAUCACCGCUGUCAAGAACUACAAAUUCUCGAUCGACAUCAAGUGCGACCACUCUCUCCCCUUCGACGGCUUCAAAAACAUCUUCCACGUAACCACUGGCCCCAACGACGGCGUCUACGGUUCUCGCCAGUUUGCCAUCUGGAGAUCGAGCAACGAGAACAAAAUGCACAUCACUACCGCUAAUCCAAAGGCAGCAGGUGGUCACUCGAGAAAUUACUUCAACUGCAUCGACGGAGAAUGGAACACCUACACUUUCGAGCAGCACCAACAGGCUCCCAACCGACGCCAAUGGAUCUGGUUUAAACUCUCCAUCGACGGAGUCAGACAAUACUCCAAACGAUUCAACGACGACGACUAUCCAGUCCUCGACGGCGAGCAGAUGAACGUCUGGAUUUCCAACGAAGCUGCCGACGCUGCUUCCACCUUUGAAAUCAGAAACUUUUCUUACGAAAAAUACCCAGAUCUUUAA